AUGGCUGACAUGAAAAGCAAGACGAACGCCCACCACGACGAUGUUAAUCGGGCUAAGGAGCAGAUUGACGAGACGACCCAGAAGGCCGAUUCCUAUUUGACAAGUUUGACGAAAAAUGUUGAGGAGUAUGAGAAGAAGCACUCGAACUUUGAACCGGCUGGGAAAUACCUGAAGUCGGCAUUGGACGCAUCGCGUUCGGCGACACAGAAGCUGAAAACCCAGGGACAGGACCUCUCGGAGCGAUCGGUUCCAGUGGCCAUUGAGGGCAUGCGAGGAGUUCGUGAGUCUCUUGACGACCUGCAGAAGCGAGCUGUCGAGUAUGACGACAAGUACGCCAAGUCACGUGGUCAGACAGCCAUGGACACCUUGCACCAUUGGGUGAACAAUGGCCGUCAACACGCGACCGACGCCGUGGAAACGACCAACGAUCAGCUGAUGAAGCUACGCGAUGCAAUUGGAAACAUGGCUGGUCAAGCUACGCUCGGUGCACAAGUCGCUGUCGGCGAAGCCGUGCGUGCUGCAGAAUUUGGGGACGAGAAGCUGGGUGUGAGCAGCACGGCCGGUGGCGUCGUGCAGAAGAUGCGUGACUUGGAUGCACGUUUGGGCGUAUCGGCCACGGCCGCGAAGGUCGACAGUAAGGUGACGGGCGGUCUGGGCUGCAAGGUGGCGUCAACUACCGUGGACAUUGUUACUGAGAGCGUGAGCUAUAUUUCGGACACCCUGCACAAUGCAAAGCUCGCAGCACAGCAAUCGGAGACAGCACAAAGUGUUGAAGCACGGGGCGUUGCACUAGGUGAAGCCGCUGUGGAUACGAAGAAUGAGUUGCAGUCAACUUAUAACGAAGCGUAUGAGAAGGGCAGAGCAAUGGCUGGCAUGGCGACGGAGAAGUCGGAAGAAACGGCCAAAGAGGUGAAGGACACGACCAAAGAGAAGGCUGGUCAAGCAAAGGACAAGGCUGUCGAGGCAAAGGAUACGACGAAAGAGAAGGCUGGUCAAGCAAAGAACAAGGCGAAAGAUGAGACGGAAAUGGCAAAGGACAAGGCUGGCCAAGCGAAGGACAUGGCUAAAGAGAAGGCUGGCCAGGCAACAAACAAGGUUGGCGAGGUGAAGGACAUGGCCGGAGAGAGAGCUGGCCAAGCGAAGGAUAUGGCUAAAGAGAAGGCUGGCCAGGCAACAAACAAGGCUGGCGAAAUGAAGGACAUGGCAGCAGAGAGAGCUGGCCAAGCGAAGGAUAUGGCUAAAGAGAAGGCGGGAAUGGCGAAGGACAAGGCUUCGGAAACUGCUGGUCAGGCGAAGGACAAGGCCUCGGAAACUGCUGAUCAGGCAAAGCACAAGGCUGGUAAUGUGAAGGAACAAACGAAGGAGAAAGCUGGUGAUGCAAAAGACAUGACUCAGGACAGGGCUGUUCAAGCCAAAGAGGCGGCUAAAGACGCUACUGGAAUGACAAAAGAGCAAACCGAUCAUAGCAAGGAAAAGGAGUCGAAGCACAUGUCAAAGGGUUCCAAGUGA